AUGGAUUACACUGUAUUGUUGUUGUUWUUCAACGACAGCUUUAGGUGAUUAUUCUGGCUGUAAAUUUUAUCCGAUUGGCGAAAACCGGAGGUUUGAAAGGGUGGCCGAAAACCUACCCGUCGGAAAUGAAGUGUUCAAAGUUGAAGUCCAUCCGAGAGUCGACUUCCGACUGGAAGCGGUCGACAAUAGCUUAAGUGAUAUAAAUUAUUUCAAAUACGAUGUCAUCGAUGAAAAAACAGUUGCCAUAAAACUCGCUCAUACUCUUGAAGAUCUGGUCGAUAAGAGAGAUCCUCAAAGUGUACUCAAAUUCAAGCUCACCUGUAAAGGUGCCGUAGGAACGGAAGAGGCAUUUCUACCGGUGACAGUUUACGUCCAGGACGUCAACGAUCAUCCGCCUGAGUUCCAGAACGUUCCCUAUUCAUUAGAAGUCGAUGAGUUAACACCAGUUGGACUGACCGUAUUUCGUGGUAUACAUGCACUGGACCGGGACAAACCCAAUACUGCCAACUCAGAUAUUACCUAUUCAAUAGUGGGUGGCAAUGAAAACAACUCAUUCAUCCUUUCCGACCCAAUUGAAGGCAUACUUGUUAUUAAUAAGCCAUUAGAUUAUGACAAUGGGAUACGAGAAUUCAAGAUCCAGAUCCAGGCAAUGGAUCACGGCAGUCCCAUUAGCCUAUCACAGGUGACCACAAUGUCCAUACAUGUCAAGGAUGCCGACGACCAGAAUCCCCUGUUUACACAAGAGGUCUAUAAGGCCAGUGUCUCGGAAACGGCUAAAAUAACGGGACACCGUAUACGUGAAAAAGUUGUCGUACAGCCAGCCAUACAUGCGUUUGAUUUGGACACCGGUAUCAAUGCCAGACUCAGAUAUACCAUCAUCUUAGGCAAUGAGGGGGGCUUUUUUGAAAUGCACGACCAAACGGGUGAACUAUUUCUUGUACGAGAAAUCGAUUUGGAAAGUCUGCCAAACGCUGUACUCAGUCUUCAAAUUCAGGCAGCACAGGUAGACAAUCCAUUGAGACAGGCAUUGGCCAGAGUUGACGUUUCGGUGAUGGAUGUGAAUGACAACUCACCAGAGUUUGAGUACGACAUGUAUAACAUCACAGUCAUGGAGAACCUGCCGCCAGGUUUUACAGUACUCCAGGUGUUUGCCGUCGAUGCCGACAAAGGAGACAACGCUCACUUCAAAUACCUGUUGGACGACCCGUCGGGUGCAUUCAAAAUAGACGAAAAUACCGGCUGGAUUAGUGUCAAAGAUCCGACUCGACUGGACAGGGAAAGCAACGACAGGAUUCAGAUGAAAGUGACGGCCAUCGAGCGUAAGCCUAAUAUCAAUCCGGAAGCGGCAAAAGCCAAAUACACUACCGUCGAGCUAAACCUGUUGGACGCUAACGAUAAUAAUCCACAAUUUUUUCCGCAAAAUCUCUAUACGUUUGCUGUACUGGAAACGGCACCCGCGGCUACCAUAGUGGGCAGUGUCUACGCCAACGAUAAAGAUUUGAACGAAAACGGACGGGUAGUCUACUAUAAACAAAACGAUACGAUUAGUCAGAGUGUGCCAUUCGACGUGUUUCCGCAUAACGGAUCCAUUUAUGUUACCGAUACUUUCCCGCAUUUGGUGGCCAAACCCACACAGUAUACGUUUUUUGUUGUCGCUUCCGAUUCGGCCAAAUCCCGAUUCGAGAGGCGUACCGGUGUGGCCAUCAUUCGUGUGAACGUAACCGACAUCAACAACUCGGUACCCGAGUUUGUCGGCGCACCGUUCGAGGCCUAUGUCGGCGAAUCGCUACCCGAAGGCGCCUACGUUACACAGAUUAUGGCCAGAGAUAACGACGCCAUCGAUACCAAUCUCGAGUAUUCAAUAGUUGCCGGAAACGAUGAAAAGUUGUUUCUGAUUGACUCGAGAGCCGGUCGAGUGUUUACCGCCGCUGUACUGGAUUUUGAACGAAAACAAAGCUACGAUUUGCUCGUUCAGGUGUCCGACGGUAUCAAUACAGCUGUGGCACCACUUCUGGUCAAUUUGGUCGAUAUCAAUGACAAUGCACCGCAUUUUACACAUAAUUUCUACAAUUUUUCGUGCGUCGAAGAGAUGGCCGAAAACAUGACAAUAGGUUCAGUGUUGGCAUUAGAUCGCGAUUCGGGUAAAAAUGCUGUCCUCCGCUACAGUAUUAUCGGCGAUCAGGCCAGCGAUGCUUUUAUUGUCGAACCGUUAACCGGUAAUAUCCGAACCCGUUUACGGCUGGACAGAGAAUCCGAGUCGAAGAUCGAGUUUAUGAUCAUUGCCUACGACAGCGGUAUACCGCAGUUGAGCGGUACGACAUCGGUUGUGGUGGCCAUCGAAGAUAUCAACGAUAACGCACCGUAUUUUGAACAAAAUCAAUAUGUAGUGGAAGUAUCCGAAGAACUGGAACCGCCGGUCGACAUAUUUCAGGUAAAAGCCAACGACAGAGACGCCAACGACAACGCUGUCAUCAAAUAUCUGAUACUAGCCGGUAAUGAUGACAACGUUUUCAACAUUAAUCCCGAAACCGGUUUACUAUCGACCGCCGAAAAACUAAACUACGAACGAAAAACCGAAUACAAACUCUACGUUGCGGCCAGAAAUCUGCGGCCAUUUCAGGGACCGAAUGCCGCCAACAUAAUCAAUCCCUCCGUCGARGUGAUUGUUCGGGUACGCGAUAUCAACGACGAACUGGUCAUCUUUGACCAACAAUCCUAUCAUUUUCGGGUAUUCGAAAGUCUACCGAAAAAUCAGGCCAUCGGUUUCGUUAACGCCACAAAUCCCGGCCGAUUACCCAACGAACAGGACAUCAUCUAUUGGAUUGGCGAAGAAAAUCGCAAACAAAAAGGAAAGUUUGCCAUCAAUCAGAAGACUGGAGAACUGAUACUCAAAGAACCAAUAGAUAGGGAUAUGCCUAACAAUGAACAGGCAUUCAAAUUGAAGAUCUACGCCAGRGAUCGACUGUCGAUCAAUUCGUUUAAUACAUCGGUUCCGGUGAUAGUCGACGUACUCGAUGUGAACGAUAAUUCGCCCGUUUUUAAUGAGGACAGAUAUGUAUUGGAAUUACCGGAAAGCCUACCGUCGGGAACAACAUUUCCGGCCUUCUAUCGGGUCAGCGAUCUGGACGCCGGCCUAAACGGCAAAAUUGUUGGCUACUAUUUGAAUACUACGGUCGAAGAGCACCAGUUGUUUGCCAUCAACAACCAGACCGGUGUGAUUACACUGUUGGCAGCGCUGGACUCGGAAACCCGCGACAAACACGAGUUCGGUAUCAUAGCCGUAGACGGUGGCCAACCGCCCAAUAUUGGUACGGCUACCGUAGUGGUCAAUGUGGCCAACAUCAAUGAAUAUUCGCCGAAAUUUGUUGGACUACCGUACGAGUUUCUUGUCCAGGAAAAAGCAUUCGAAGGUACCAGUGUUGGCCAGGUUCGGGCCAUCGACGAGGACGGCAAUGCCAUCAAAUACAGUGUAUCGGAUGGCGAUACCGAUUUUUUCUACAUCGAAGAGGACAGCGGCCGACUGUUCGUAAAGAAACCGUUGAUUUCCCGAACACAGUAUACGUUUAUUGUCAGGGCUACCGAUGAUGGCGUUCCCCAGAACUUUAGUUUAGGUGUUCAGGUGAUUGUCAAAGUCAGGGAAAGUAAUGAUUAUCCGCCAGUAUUUACGUCGAGUAACUAUCACGGAGUGGUCGUCGAAAAACGUGAAUCCGAUAAAGUAGUGGUCAAAGUGGAAGCCAUUGAUAAGGAUUUGCAAAAUAAUUCGGUGUCCUAUUCGAUGGUCGGCGGCAACGAAGACGGCGUAUUCGUUAUCAAUGGCCACAACGGCGAGAUCAAGAUUGUCCCGGGAAUGGGACCUAAGCUUAACUAUGAUAAUAAAAAACAGUAUUCAUUGCUAGUUCAGGCAACCGAUUCGCAUAUUACACAACUGUACGGACUGGCAAUGGUGGUCAUCGAUGUCCAGGACACCAACGAUCACUCACCGGUGUUCAGCAAAUCAGUCUAUUCGGCAACACUGCCCGAAAACCUGCCGGCCGGACAUUGUUUUUUGACUGUCGAGGCCAACUCACGCGAUACAGUUGACAGUGUUAGCUAUUUGCUAUCAAAUACCAAAGACAAUGUGUUUGCCGUCAAUAAGGCUACCGGAGAGAUAUGUACGAAAAAAGUGUUGGACAGGGAGGUCAAAGACAAGUACGAGUUUUCAGUGGUGGCCACCGAUGGCAAGUUUGAAGUUUUGGCACCGGUUUCAGUCGAAAUAAUCGACGAAAACGACAAUCCGCCCCGUUUUGAACAGGACAGGUACCUGAUAUCCAUACCGUACGAUCUGCAUCCGGGUCGUACAGUCAUCCAGGUUCAGGCAACCGAUCCCGAUAGUGCCAACAACGGCGACAUUACCUACUGGAUCAAGAAUACGCACGGUAUGUUCGAAAUAGACGCCAAAACCGGUUUGGUCCGACUGGUGGCCAACUUGCCGAUGGACAAACCGAACGCUACCUACGAGAUGGAAGUGUUUGCCCAGGACCACGGCGUAACACCGAAUAUCGGCAAAUCGAUUCUAGUCGUUCGGGCCUCCAAUACCAUCAAUCAUCCGCCAAAAUUUGACCGAUUCUCCUAUUCGGUAAAUGUCGACGAAAAUGUUACCGGCAUACCAUUGAUCCAAGUGCUGGCCUUGGAUCCCGAUCCGGGUAAAGCUGGCAAAGUUAUCUACCGUAUUGUCAAGUCGUCACAUCCGAAUGCAUUCCGUAUCGACAAAACCAAUGGCCGAAUAACACUGGAAUCGGCACUGGACUACGAGUCCAGUAAAUACCAUGAAAUUGUUGUCGAAGCCCGCGACGAGACCAAAGAGUCCCAGUCGACCACUACUGUCGUACAGAUACACGUCAACGAUAUCAACGACAACUCACCGGAGAUACUGUCGAUGCCGCGCAUACUUCGUGUACCGCAAUCGGUAUCGCCGAAUAGCGAAGUAAUCUAUACGGUCCAGUCGACCGAUUUGGACAGCGACCGUAACGGCAACAAUCAAGUGGUCUACGCUAUCGAACCGCAAAGUCAUUUCUUUGCCAUCAAUGCCUUGACCGGCCAGAUGUUUGCCACCCAGAAACUGAUACCAAUGACCGAAACGCUGCGUGUGAUUGCCGCCGAUAAGGCCAGCGCUGGCCAACUGUUUACGUCGAAAGACUUGCGUAUCGAAGUCUACAAAGAUUCCAUUGAAGAGCCGACACCAGUGUUCACUAGUGUCCAGUACUUUGUCCAAAGCGAUACUGUACUCGAACCGGGAGCUACUUUGCUGACACCGAGAGCUACCAUUCCUAAUGGAUCGCCUGUUUGGUACAAUAUAUCAUCGGUAAAUAGUGGCCAAUUGAAUGCCAAAAAAUUUAACAUCGAUCACGAUUCGGGCCGUAUAUUCACAUCCAACCGACUCGAUCCGUCCGAUUUGAAACAAAAUAUCUACCAUUUCAUAGUAUCGGCUCAUAAUAAACGCGAACCAUUGCACUACUCCGAGUCCGGUGUUGUCAUCCGACUACUCGACCACAAUAUCCGAUGUCCGAAGUUUCCGUUUACCGAAUACUAUGCGUCGAUUAAGGAAAAUUCGGCGCCCGAUAUGAUAGUACUGCCCGAUCUUCUCAUCGAAGAUGUCGACAAGUUUUCUGGCCAACGAUUGUCCUAUCAGAUUACCGAAGACAACUCCAACGACAACUUCUAUAUUGAUGUCCGUCAAGGAGGCGAUACACCCAUGAAUGUGACGCUGAGGAUCAAGAAGAUCUUGGAUAGGGAUUCGAUGCCGAAGUUCCUACAGGGCGUCCAUACGUUGGCCAUUACGGCCAGCAAUCAACGAUGUUCGGCAAAUAGUCGCGUAAAGAUUAUGGUCGAAGAUGUCAACGACAAUAAUCCGGUUUUUAGUCAGUCGGACUUUGUUGUUGAACUGAAAGAAAAUACACCGAUAGGUCAAGUGGUGACCACUUUGACGGCUACCGAUAAGGAUGAAGUGGACGACGGAAAGUUGAGAUAUCAUGUCAUCGAAGGCAAUGAAGACGAGAUGUUUGAUUUGGAAGAGAAAACCGGUGUAAUGUCCGUAAAGAUCAUACCCGAUAGGGAACGAUCGCCGGCUUAUGUACUACGGGUAGUGGCCAUCGAUUCGGCCAACAAUACCGGUUGGGCUAACGUUCAUAUUAUUAUAUUAGACGAAAACGAUUGGACACCAACUUUCCUAAACGAAACGUUUGUACUCAAUGUUACCGAAGGACCGACCAGUAUUGGCACUCGUAUGCGAUUACCGGUUGUCGACUACGAUGACGGUAUCAAUAGACAGAUGGAGGUAUAUAUUGUUGAUGGCAAUGCCAAUGGAGAGUUUAGGCUGGAUGUCGAUGAAGGCGGACCCAUAUUGACCAUUGUUUCCGAAUUGGAUCGGGAAAAAUAUAAUGUCAAAGAGUCGGCAUUACACGUACUGUUUGUGGCCGCCAAAGACAAAGGCCAACCGCAGCGUAUGGGCAAAGCUAUGGUCGCUGUGGUCAUACAGGAUAUCAACGACUCGCCGCCUAAGUUUGAACGCGACUCGUACUAUCAGUUUAUAUCAGAGGACGCACCGGUAGGCAUAGUUGUUGCCGAACUGAAGGCUACCGAUGCCGAUUCGCCGGCCAACACAAAUCUUGUCUAUUCGUUUGCCAAAAAUACGGGAAACGUUCCCUUUACUAUUGACCCGAUAACCGGUAUUGUCAACAUAUCGCGCCAAUUGGACAUUUCCGAAAGUCAACACUACAUCCUAAUUGUCGAUGCUUUUGAUGGACAAUGGAAAUCAUCGACCAAUUUGAAUAUCUAUGUUAGCGAAGCCGAGGAACGGGAUCCCCGUUUCGAUCAAUCGCACUAUAGGUUCGCUGUACUUGAAAAUCAAUCGGGUGUUCUGGUCGGACGGGUUGAACUGAAACCUCGUAAACAUCGUAUCAAUGCACUGAUGAAGUAUACGAUUGUCAACACUGAAAUGAGAUCCAUAUUCAAUAUAACACAGGACGGCGAGAUCUAUACAAAAGUAGGUUUAGAUCGCGAAAAGAGGAGUAACUAUAUCUUUACGGUUAAACUGGAAGAGAAACGACCCGUCACUAAGAUUAGUGUCAGCGAAGUCAUAGUCGAUGUGCUGGACAUGAACGACGAGGUGCCACUGUUUACGCAGAUAUAUCGGGGACACAUCAAAGAAAACUCGCAGCCGGGAACUGCGGUCAGCAUUUUACCGCAAAUCCAGGCGCACGACAAGGACGCUGGGAAUAAUUCGCUGAUUGCCUACUCGUUGGCCGGCGACGGGUCGGAUAUGUUUACGAUUCUGGAUUCGGGAACCGUAUUGUUUACGCCGAAAGAUCCGAAACAGAUCAUCGAUCGGGAAGUAAAGGCCAAAUACGAGCUGAAGGUGACAGCUGUCGAUAGGGGUAGUCUGAGUUCGACCUCGGAUUUGACUAUCAGUGUCGAAGAUGAAAAUGAUAAUGCACCAGCUUUCCAACAUGGACCACUGUAUGUACUGUUACCUGAAGUAGCCCGACCCGGAUCCAAAGUAGUCGAAGUCAAGGCUACCGAUGCCGACGAGGUCGGACCUAAUUCAAAAAUACAAUACUAUAUAACACACGGCGGCAAAGGUGACAUACGUAUCGAUAAGUCUAGCGGUGAAAUUUUUGUUGUCGGUACCCUGGUACCCGGAACCGUCUACUUUAUGAAUGUAUCGGCUGUCGAUGGUAACGGUCUGGCCGCCCGUACCACUGUCAAUGUAACAAUUGUCGAUGUUAACAAUCAUAAGCCAACGUUUGAAAAUACACACUACCAGUUCAAUGUAGUCGAGGGCAACUAUACGGCAAACAAAUUGAAAUUAGGUGUCCUCAGGGCCAAGGAUGAGGAUAUCGGUAGAAACGGUGCCGUCGAGUAUGCAAUUUUGAAUAACGUUCCCGCCGACUUCCCGUUUUCGGUCGAUGUCUACACAGGAGAGCUGUUUGCCAAAGGUUUUAUAGAUAGGGAACAGAAAGAGAUCUAUAAUUUUGAAGUUACGGCACUGGAUUCAGGAGAACCGCCAACCAAUUCAAGCACUGAAGUCAAGAUAAUUGUGGGUGACCGCAACGAUGAAAGGCCCCGAUUUUAUACCGAUCCCUACUUAGCACAUGUACCCGAAAAUCUGGAUCCGGGACACAAAGUCACCCAAAUAGUUGCGUUUGAUCCGGAUAUGGGCGAAAAUGGACAGGUAUUCUAUAAACUAGGCGAUGGACACGACAACAAGUUUUAUAUUGACGGCAAAGACGGAACCGUUUGGACACUGUCGGCGCUGGACUACGAAGAUAAAAGUUUCUACAAUAUUACGGUCAUUGCCUACGAUAAAGGCAGUCCUAGUUUGAGUUCAGUGGCCAAACUAUGGGUAACAGUUGCCGAUACUUCGGAUUCGGUACCCGAUUUUGCCAAAGCUGUCUAUACGGUCGAAGUGGCCGAAAAUGCCAAACCCGGCGAUACUGUGUUCACAAUGAAUGCCGGCGACGGACCCUUUAAGUACACCCUAUUAAACUCGGAUGAGAUGAAAACUUUUGCCAUUGAGACGAGCAAUGGUAGAGUCAAACUGACCAAAGCUCUGGAUAGUGUCCAACGAAAUCAUUACAGACUGGUUGUCAAGGCUGAGGAUGACAGCGAACCACCAAAAUCUGAUUCAACAGAAGUCAACAUAAUAGUGGGCACCGGUCAGGGCGUACGGCUGUUCCCGCAGCGUCUCUAUGAGGUAUCCGUAAUGGAGAACCAGUUGACACCACUCCAGUUGAUUGACUUGAACUCUACCGAUGAGUUGGCUCAUCGACCCACUCAUUACAGUAUUGUGGGAACCGAUUACAGGGGACUGUUCAAAAUUGGUGCCGAAACCGGUCGACUGGUUGUAACCCGUAGUCUGGAUCGCGAAAAGAAAGACAUCUAUCACUUGAAAAUCAGAGCCGAAAAUGUUAUUCAUCAUCGGGUCGGACGUCGGGAUGUCAGUGCCCGCAACACAGUGGACACCAACUAUCAUCUGGCGUUUGACGAAACACUGGUAGUGGUCAACGUUCACGACGAAAACGACAAUCCGCCCGUCUUUGACAAUAAAGGUCGACCAGUUGUAGCAGCCAUUCCUCUGGAGGCCAACUUUGGCUAUCAAGUCGUCAAACUAGCUGCCAAAGAUGCCGAUAUCGGUAUUAACGGCGCCAUACGCUACGAGAUACUAUCGCGCGGUGACGACUCGUCCUCCCGGUUCCACAUCGACCCAGUUUCCGGUGUUAUCCGAUCGAUGGUUACGUUUACGUUAGACGGCGGAAAACUAUACGGUUUCGAUGUAAAAGCUACCGAUAGAGAGGGCAGUGAAAAUGGCAACUCUGCCGUCACCAACAUAUUUAUCUAUGUAUUACCCGAAACCAAAAUGAUAUUAUUUGUUGCCGACAAAGAGCCGAUAAUGGUUGAGAAAAAAUCGGGUGAAAUACUAAGCUAUUUGACAAAUAUUACCGGUUUUGAUGUCAAAAUGGCUAAACUGGGUCCGCAUACUGAGGGCGACCAACAGGAAACACAGUCGACCGAUAUAUUUCUCUAUGCCGUCAAUCCCGAUACCAACGAUAUUGUCGAUACGGAAACAUUAUUAGACGUUUUCCGUCAAAAUUCCCAAUCAAUAGUCGAUAGCUUAAGAAAUUAUAAGAUUAGACGAAUCCAAGGGGUGACCGUCCAGGAAAAGAUCAGUCAGAUGGGCGCCACCGAAAUAGCCAUCAUUGCCCUGUCAUCAGUCAUAUUCUUGGGCACUGUACUGGCCAUUGCACUCCUGUGCUCGUCUUGUAAAGAAAGAAAACUACGGCAAAGACAGAGUUCAUGGGAACAGCAAAGGCUUUACAAUACAAAAAACCCAUUAAUGGGCAAAACAUUGGCCAAUCCGUACGGCAAUCGUGGAGUUCCCGUCGGUAAUGGACACUCGAGCUCUAACUAUUCGACAAAUGGCGACGGCGUCGGGGAUUACGUGGACAGUCUGGCCUCGUAUAAGAGGACAAGUACACGGCCAGGGAGUCGGUCGGCCAUAAUGAACAAAUGUCGACAACAGGUGCCACCCGACGGCGCAUCGUCGCUGAAUCCGCCCCGUAGUCCGCGGUUUUCCGAUCGAUACAAACAUAGUCGCGAAAAUCUCAGUGCAGUGGUCGGCGGCGUUGGCGGCGGCAGUAGCGGAGGCAUAGGAGUAGUUGGCAUCAGCAGCGGUAUUACAGCUAUGGCCGACUCCAGUCACGAUUGGUAUGAUCCGAAAGCUACGGCCGGCUCUAUGGGUUCAGGAUUUUCACGCGGGUCGGGCCAAUCGGCGCGGUCGGGAUAUAGCGGGACGAGUUGGUCGUCCAGAAAAUCGCGAAACUCUGAAGAGAUGAGUCCCGGCGCUCAACUAUAAAA